CCGGGGUUCUUCCGUGGGGCGCCCCGCCCCCUUCUCUGACUGGCUGCCUCACACCAACACCCGCCCUGCUUCGCUGUUGACAGACCCCGGAGUCGAAGCGGUCGGAGGCCUUUACGACUGUGGAAUGCCGGAAAGUAUGUUAUGUAUAGAAGUGGAUACUUUCCAUAAUAAAUGAAAAUGGCCAAUUCUUUAAGAGGAGAAGUACUGAAUCUUUAUAAAAAUCUGCUGUAUCUUGGACGAGACUAUCCAAAAGGAGCAGACUAUUUUAAAAGGCGUCUGAAGAAUGUUUUCCUUAAAAACAAAGAUGUGAAGGACCCAGAGAAGAUCAAAGAACUUAUUGGACGGGGCGAAUUUGUAAUGAAAGAGCUAGAAGCCUUAUACUUCCUUAGGAAAUACAGAGCGAUGAAACAACGCUAUUACUCAGAUAUCAACAAAACUAACUGAUCGCUAUUACUAUAAUUUGACUGGAAUUCAGUGCCAGCUGUUUAUGUAUACCAGAUAUGAUAAAAGUAACUAACUUAAAAUGGCAAGAUUUACACGUCAUGUAAAAAAAUGCCUGAGCUGCCUUAAUGAACUAAAAUAGGUUUCAACUUCUGUUCACAGAGCUUUAUCAGCAAUCCUUAAUGUUUAAUUUUUAUAUAAAACCAGCAAUAUAGCCAACUACCAAUUAAAAAUUAAUGAGUACCCAAUUUUGAAUGAAAAUAUAAUGUACUUAAAAUAAUUUUAUUAAGUUUUACCAAUUAUUCUUAGCCCAUUUCUUCAUUUUACUGACAAGAGAAUGCCAUUUAAUGCAUGUAACUAAGCAAAAUAAUUUAUUGCACAUUAAUUUCCCUUAACUUUUGAAGGAGUACCAUCUUAUUUCCUUAUUUUUGAACCUAUUUGGUACAUUAAUAGCACACAUUCAAGGUUCACUACAAAACAAAUAGCACAUGGUAAUGAUUUAAGUGCAGUUAUAGAAAUAAUAUGUAUGGAGUAAGAUUAUUUCUGAUAUUGAAGUAGGCUGCCAGGGAUUGGCAUUAUAUACAUACCUAUUUAAUAUCUUCCAUUAUUAAUUUUGCUUCUGGCUCCCUUUGGGUCUUAAAACAAGUCACCUGUUGUGUAUCAAUUACCUUUACUGAUAAAAAGUAAUAAAUAAUGUUAUUCUGUUCUUUCAUCAUAAAGGCAGAUCUGUUUUGCAUCUACUUCUUAAUGAGUUAACACAGUAAUGGACCUAAAUCUAACAUGGUUUUAAGCAAACACUUAAACCUUUACAUAA